AGCCGCGGGAGCCAGUGGGCUCCCUCAGUUCCCGAAGGCCCGCCCCUGCGGGGGGCGCGGGGGGCUGAGCUUAAAAGGCGAGGGAUCGCUGUCUGCAAGAUUUUUCCUCGACAGAUCCUGCCGCAGUCCCUUUCCUCUUACUCGGCCUGCCUCGGUUGGCGUCAUCUCUGCCAGCGUCUCAUCCAUCUCCUGAGCCUGCCGCUUCCAGGUCCCGAGCUGCUGCCUGCCCUCUCCGACCCCUGCUACGAGGUAACACGUCCCGGACCGAGCCCCUGUGGGUGUGGUCCGGGCUCGCUUGCGCCGGGUCGCCCUGUCGCCGCACUUUGGUCUCCUCUUACGCCCACCUCCUCAUUUCUGCCUCCUCCCGCAGUCCUCAUAACUCCCUACCCGCAAGUGCCCGGCACUCAAAGCCCCGGGAACUUGUCACAAUGUCUGAGGCGGCGGGAAAUCUCAAUAGCCUCCGCUUGGCGAAUGUGGCCCUGAGAGAGGAGUUAAAUGCCCUUCGAGGAGAGAAUGUCCAACUGGGCCUGCAGCUCGGAAGAGCCUUAGCCGAGGUUAAUUCUUUGCGGGGCAAUGUCUCGAGCUACAUCCGCUGGCCUAUGCCCAUAGUGCCGGUCCUUGCCGAGGAGAACUUUGAGUUCCUGCUCAAUGAGACCGAUCCCACUCCCGAGGAGGAGGAGGAGGAAGAGGAGGAGGAAGUGCCUUUCCUGUGCUGGCCUCCUCCACGCACAGAUCCUGAGUAUGUCUCAGAUGAUCUUUUGAUUAAUGUGGUCCAGGACUAUACCAACCCCGACGACGGGUCCAGUGACCCUCCUCUGUCACCCAGCCUGUCCCAGCCGGAACUGCACUCCCCCAUGUCAAAGGAGCCAACCUUAGAGUUCCUUCUGCCACCGCUGGAGCGGCCAGACAUAGAACCCUUUUCAGGCGACCCAGUCUACCUGGCUGAAUUUCUGAUGCAGCUAGAGACUUUCAUAGCAGAUCACGAGGAUCACUUCCCCGGGGGUGCGGAACGGGUGGCAUUUCUGAUCUCCUUCUUCACAGGGGAAGCGAGAGAGUGGGCUAUCUCAGUCACCCAGGAAGGAAGCUCCUUGCAUGCCAACUUCCCGCGCUUCCUGGAUGAAAUCCGUAAGGAAUUCUGUGGCCCCAUCCCCUCACGCGUAGCUAAAAAGGCCAUACGCAAGCUCAAGCAGGGAAAUUGUACCCUGGGCAGCUAUGCAGAUGCUUUUCAGUUCUUGGCGCAGUUCUUGUCUUGGGAUGAUUGUCGCCUCCAAAACCAAUUUCUCAAAGGCUUGUCAGAAUAUUUCCGAAAGGAACUCUUAUGGUCAACUGAAAUGGCAGACCUGGAUGAGCUGAUUCUUGAGUGUGUUGAGAUAGAAAGGAAAGUGCGCGUCCCCAAGCCAGCCUCACUCCCUGGAGUUCAAAAUAGCUGCUGCCCUUUUGCAUUAAUUCCCAAUGAGGAUGAAAACGAAGGUGUGGAGUUCUACAGUGAAAAUGAGGGUGAGGAUGAAGAGGCAGGCGGGUACAGGCUUUAUCUGAACGACCAGAGGAAGCACAUGCACGCUUUCGCACAAGAGAUGAGGGAGGAAGAGGAGGAGAUGAGGAAAGAGGAAGAAGAGAUGGAGGAUGAGGAGGAUGAGGAUGAUGAGGAGGAUGAGGAUUAUGAAUAUGAGGAGGAGGAGGAUGAAGAUGAAGAUGAGGAGGAGGAGGAGGAGGAAGAAGAAGAGGAGGAAGAAGAGGAAGAAGACAAGGAAGAAGAGAUGAAGAAUGAGGAUAGUGAUGAAAAUAAGUAUGAAGAAGAAGAUGAAAUUGUAGUUAGGGUCCUGGAUUCAGAGAAUGAGCAAGAGAGGGAGGAGAUAGAGCACGAGCACGUGUAUGUGCAUGAGCACAUACAUGCACAUAUGCACACACUUGCUGCCCACCACCAUAGCCUACAUGGAGAGCUGAUGGUGAUGGAUGAACCUGUCCUUGUUGACACUUCAACCCAGACCAUUAGCUCUGCGAUAGGCUACCAUGCUGAAAAUUACCUGGGUGUGCCACCUUCCAUAAUGCAUUCUAGCAGACAGAGGAACCAGAAUCGAGUCCCACUUCUGGAGGGCCUUCCAGGGACCAAUUCUUCCUUCUACAGCUCGCCACCACUGAUUCGCCAUGCAGGUCGCUUGGGGCAACGCCAAAUGCGAAGACGUUCCUCAGUGCUCUUCUGCCUCACUCCUAGGCAGGGGGGCCACCGAGCUACUCAAGGUCGGAUUCGAGUGUGAAUACUGAGGUGAGCUGGCCACGGGAACACACCCUUCCACCGCUUCCCUUGCUAUUGCUGCUGUACAUGCCCCAUCUACUGACCAGUCCUUACGAAAGCUCCAGACUGGAAGAACCCAAAGAAGACCUGCAGAAUUCCAGAUUGUUUUGCAGCCACAACCAGAAGAGUGAAAUGUGCCCAACCAGGGCCAUCUAGGAAAGAAGAGGUCAGGACUCACCAGUCCUCUUGCCCUGUACUCUGCUCAGUCCUCGCACAAGUUGCAAAGCAAGUCUCUGGGCCUGUUCUUGUAAAUGGCACUGGUCGCCUUUGUCUUCAACUCUAGUUGUCCCCAAUCUUUGCCUCUCCUGUGCUUCUUUGCCUUGUGUUCUACAGUGUUAUCCUGACUUCACCCAAUGCCCGAGUGAUCUGCCCCAAUCCAUGAUCUAAAGGCAUUAGUUCUAAACUCUUAAUGCCCUGAGGCCACUUACUAGACAACGAGCAGGAUGGCACCAAGAAAUAUGCACUUGCCAUAUUUCCAGCAGAAGGGCCUGUGAGGGGAACCUACACAUAGCACAGUGAGAAUCUGCAAAGCCACAUGGGCAAUGGACAGCUUGUCUGGAAUUUACUAUCUUUGGCCUGUGGUGGCAAACGGACUUCACUUUGAGUGCUGGGGUUUACCUUCCUUCAGACUCCUGCCUCAGGACCCUUGGACAGACUUUGGCUACUUCUGCCUUCAUGUUGCCUAAAGGACUGGUAUUAGGGGAAGGGGGAGGCAGAGGUGGCAGGAGCACCACAGUUGAGUUUGACAUCCUAAGGAGUGAAUCUUGCUUUAGGAACAUGGCCCUCUUCUCCCAGCUAGGCUUUGGACUGCACCCCCAGCCAGAGGCCUCUGAGGAGACUGUGUCCUCAAGGUUGUGAAGGUGGCCUUGCUGGCCUACUCUUUAAAGCCCCUCUGACUCUAAGGAGUCCUCAGUUCUGAAAGGAGAAAACAGGGCCUGCUCUGCAGAGACUGGACUCAUUGCAGCGCUGAAGCCCAACACCCCCAUGGCUCUCACAUGAGGGGCAAAUCUCUCUCAGGUCUGUUGUUGAACUUCAGUUAACCAGUGUGGCUUAAGAGGUGACUGCCUCCUAUACAUUCCUGGGGCUUAUUGGGCACAAAUUCAGGUGCCCCUAGUAAGAGACCGGCUAUUCACUUUUGGGUCCAGAAAAUACUGCUUCUGCAGUGCAAAGUACGCAUGUAUUAUGUCAGUUCUGGCCACAAAAUGUCAGCCCCGUUCACUGGGCUUGUUCCUGGACGUUGAACUUGCUGUGCAAUGCCUAGCAGCUGGGCAAAGUGAAGCCCAAGUGUCUGUGGUCAGCAGGAAGAAAACAGUAAAUGGUGUAUCUUCCUCACUGGAGUCUGAAGAUGAGAACCCAGCCCUAGAAUUUGAACUUAAGACCAGAGAAGGAACUUGAGGAAGAGGAGUCCUAGACAGACCUAGUCCUCAGACGGGUUAACGGUGAGAUCUCUAUUCAUCAACAAGAGCUUAUUUCCUCAAGCGAGAAUUCCAGAAGGAAAACUCUAUUCUUCAAAGCUAUGGACCCUGUCUGCUGAUGUCAACAUGCUGGUCACGCUGCCUGUGGACUUGUGGAGAAGUGCCAAAAGCAGGUGUCUUGAAUCUCUAAUUCCAGAGACCCCCUUGGCACAGGCUUUGCCUGUCUCCAAGGUGCUUCUUACUCUGAAUGCUUGUGGCCUCAGCCAGGGAGACCUGAGCGCAUGAGCAGUAAACUGGUCUGUGGGCCUCUGGAGGCAGAGGGGCUUUGAACUUCCUUUGACCUUUUCCCUUCUUUCCCAGUUGUUCAGUAUUUUUGUGAUGUGACAGCUACAGGACAGCUACUGUCCAAAUCUCUCAGUGCCUCCUUGGGUU